AGUGGGGCACCGGGGAAGAGAGCCCGGCGUUUGCUCGGGGCAGCAGGGGGGUGGGGGGGAGGCGGUGGCGGCGGCUGUGGAGAAGGAGGAGGAGGAAGAGGAGGUGAAGAAGGAGGAGCAGGGCCAGCGGGAGGCAGCGGCGGCGACCCAGUCAGGGUGAUGGUGCAGGUGCCCGGGGCCGGCGCGGAGCUGCCGGGCUGAGGGGCUCGCGGUCCACCGUCCGCAGCGCCGCCGCGUCGCUCCCGGGGAACGGGCGAGCGGGCGGGAAGAUGCUGAGCAGGUUGAUGAGCGGCAGCAGCAGGAGCCUGGAGCGCGAGUACAGCUGCACCGUGCGGCUGCUGGACGACAGCGAGUACACCUGCACCAUCCAGAGAGAUGCCAAGGGCCAGUACCUGUUUGACCUUCUUUGCCACCACCUGAACCUCCUUGAGAAAGACUAUUUUGGAAUCCGCUUUGUAGACCCAGAUAAGCAGCGGCAUUGGUUGGAGUUUACCAAGUCUGUGGUGAAGCAGCUGAGAUCUCAGCCUCCGUUCACCAUGUGUUUCCGUGUGAAAUUUUACCCUGCGGACCCUGCUGCCCUGAAAGAAGAAAUAACCAGGUAUUUAGUCUUCCUACAGAUCAAAAGGGAUCUCUACCAUGGCCGUCUCCUCUGUAAAACAUCUGAUGCUGCCUUGUUAGCAGCUUAUAUCCUUCAAGCGGAGAUUGGAGAUUAUGACCCUGGGAAACACCCUGAAGGCUACAGCUCCAAGUUCCAGUUUUUUCCAAAGCAUUCUGAGAAGCUGGAAAAGAAAAUCGCUGAGAUUCACAAGACAGAACUCAGUGGCCAAACACCAGCAACAUCUGAGCUGAACUUCUUAAGAAAAGCGCAGACGCUGGAGACGUACGGAGUGGAUCCUCACCCGUGUAAGGAUGUUUCAGGAAACGCUGCAUUUCUGGCCUUCACUCCUUUUGGGUUUGUUGUUCUCCAAGGGAACAAGAGGGUCCAUUUCAUCAAGUGGAAUGAGGUGACCAAGCUGAAAUUUGAAGGGAAGACCUUUUAUUUAUAUGUAAGUCAGAAAGAGGAGAAGAAAAUUAUUCUCACAUAUUUUGCUCCAACUCCAGAAGCCUGCAAGCAUCUCUGGAAAUGUGGAAUUGAGAACCAAGCCUUCUACAAGCUGGAGAAGUCGAGCCAAGUCCGCACAGUGUCCAGCAGCAAUUUAUUCUUUAAAGGGAGCCGGUUCCGAUACAGUGGCCGAGUGGCAAAGGAAGUCAUGGAGUCAAGUGCCAAGAUCAAACGGGAGCCACCAGAGAUACACAGGGCAGGGAUGGUUCCCAGCCGGAGCUGCCCCUCUAUCACCCAUGGCCCUCGGCUGAGCAGUGUCCCCAGGACUCGAAGAAGAGCUGUGCACAUCUCCAUCAUGGAAGGCCUCGAGUCCCUACGCGACAGCGCCCAUUCUACUCCUGUGCGUUCCUCUUCCCAUGGGGACACCUUCCUGCCCCAUGUGAGAGGCAGCCGGGCAGACAGCAAUGAGCGAGUAGCUGUGAUUGCGGAUGAGGCCUACAGCCCUGCCGACAGCAUGCUGCCCACCCCCGUGGCCGAGCACAGCCUGGAGCUGAUGCUGCUGUCCCGGCAGAUCAACGGGGCCACCUGCAGCAUUGAGGAGGAAAAGGAGUCUGAGGCCAGCACCCCGACUGCUGCAGAGAUGGAGGCCCUUGGAGGAGAGCUAAGGGCCCUGUGCCAGGGGCACGGCGGGCCAGAGGAGGAACAGGUGAAUAAGUUUGUUUUAAGUGUCCUGCGUUUGCUCCUUGUGACCAUGGGACUCCUCUUUGUUUUGCUCCUCCUCCUGAUCAUCCUUACCGAGUCUGACCUUGACAUUGCCUUUUUCCGCGAUAUCCGCCAGACCCCCGAGUUUGAACAAUUCCACUAUCAAUACUUUUGUCCCCUCAGGCGAUGGUUUGCCUGCAAAAUCCGCUCAGUGGUGAGCCUGCUCAUUGACACCUGAGAAGGCAUGGCUCCUCCCAAUAACUAGCCAGGUGGACCAGGGAGCCCAGCUACCAUUCCCAGCAAUGGGACCCAUCGCGGACCAUCGGCACAUAUACCAAGCCCUUCUCUCAUGACUCAAAAGUCCACUGCAGCCUAGGAGGGUUGUUUCCCAGAAGAAGAAAAGGAUAGGCUUGUGCCCCGUUAACCCAACCGGGAAAACUCACUUUCUUCCAAGGUUCUUUCAAGGAAGGCUCACCAACUCUGUAUCUCAUCCUUUUUGAUUCGCAGGAUAAUUUGGGGUUUUGAAUUUUGAUUUUUCAUAGAUGUGUAUUAUUUUGAAAGUAUCCAAAUAAAAAUGGUUUAUUUUACUAUUA